GCAAUAUUUGCCUUCUAAUAACAGCACAUUUUUCGCCAAGAGAUUUUGUAAACACUUUUAUCAGAAUUAUCAUAGCAAAAUGAACACCUCACCAGAACUGUUCGCCCAGCUCACUAAUAGAUUGCGUAUCUGUUAUCAAACCUUUGGCGAUCCGUCAGACCCUGCGGUCAUACUCGUGCCAGGCAAUGCGGAUUCAAUGAUAGUAUGGGCAGAAGAUCUUAUCGAAAAGCUUCAGUCUUCCGAAGAUGGCAAGAAGUACUUCGUAAUCCGCUUCGAUCCAAGAGACACGGGCCUGUCAACUGAGUUUCCGGUGCCGGGCGGAUACUCAAUUGGAGAUAUGGCAGGCGACAUUGAAGGACUCGCAAACCACUUGAAACUCAACGAUCCCUCAAAGGGCUUCCAUAUUGUUGGUCUGAGCAAAGGAGGUCCAGUCGCCUACACGGUCGCUGCACGUAUGCCCCAGCAUGUCAAAAGCCUGUCGCUUCUGUAUACGUCUCCCGGCGUGAGUCCUGAGCUCCCAAUCAAAGGAGGACUUGAUCUCGGAUUCCAACCUAUGCUGGCCGGCUUCGGAGAUCAGAGGGAAACGGCCAUCAAAAACGGAAUGACCGUUUAUGACGCACACACAACGCAGCCUGAUGCGGAAGAGAGAAAGGAGGUGGAGAAGGCGGUGAGACGUCUGGUGGAACGGGAUAUCAAAGGUGGCACAUUGUACAGCAAAGCUCCGAAUCACGGCGCCGCGUCGUACGAAAAAGAUGGCUGGCCAAGGGUUGACACGCUCAAGAUGAUCAAAUGUCCGACCACGGUUGUGCAAGCAGGCAAGGAUCAGAUCUUUGGGGAGAUUCACGGAGAAGCCUUGGCGAAAGCGAUACCCGGUAAUGUUGAGUAUGUGCUUUGGGAUGAUGUUGGGCAUGAGAUGCCACGACGCAUCUGGAGCAGAAUGGCCAAGGUGCUGCAGAAGAAUUGGGAGAGGGGCCAAAGCGCGGACCAUGUUGGCGCCUGAUGCGGAAUAAAGUGAUAGGUUACUGGAGAAGAUGAGCUUGUUGUGAUACUGUCCAAUGAGGGGCGAAGUGAAACAGGACGACCAACAGACCUUAAUAUUGUUCUUUUUGUCCGAUGCCCCUGUCUAUGCGCCCACCAACAGAACAAUCAAGCCGCCAUCUAAUAGUUGUGAGACAAAACCACCAUUCAUAGAGCAAUCGGCCAUAUUUCC